AUGAUGCAGCCCGGCAAGGCCACAGCCGGUCUGCUCCCAAUUUCAGCAUCAGCUACGCAAAAGUCGGGCUCUGGAGCGCCCGCAAAGAAAACGCCCAAGCCUCCCGCUCCGCGUCUCAAACUUCUCAUUCGGCGUUUACCCCCCGGACUAACACAGGCCGAGCUGGACACUGCCCUUGGUGACCAGUGGAAGGUUGGGGCGGGAAAUGUCGACUGGCUCCAGUACAAACCUGGCAAGGUGUCGAAAGAUCCCAACAAGCCAUCUCGUCCGUCAAGAGCAUACAUCCACGUGGUGUCCACCGAAUGUGUCUCUUUGCUCUCGGAAGCCGUCCGCCAGGCUUCUUUCCAGGAUGCUCGUAACACUCUACAUGACCCCAUUCUACUUGGGCCUCCGUCCCUAGAGUUUGCACCUUAUGCCAAGACCCCUGGAAGCCGCUCACGCAAGGAUGCUCGUCAAGGCACGAUUGAUCAAGAUACAGACUUCAUCGCUUUCUUGGAAGGUCUGACCCAGCCCAUUACCAGGCCCGCGGCUGUGGAUUUCAUCGCUGAUGGUGACGACAAGAAGAAGGAAAUCGUGAUGACUACUCCGCUAGUACAGUUCAUCAAAGACAAGAAAGCCAGCAAGUUAAAGGACGGCAGUGGAUCCAAAUCCAAGCACAGUCGAUUGGACAAGGAAUCAAAGCAGGAGAAAGUGCAAGCAAAAAAGCUUCUGCAACGGGGCGACAAGGAAAUUGCGGCAAAUUCUUCCGACAAGAAACCUAAAGGAGAAAAGACAAGCAAGGACUCUGUCAAGGCAACCAAGCAAGCAGCCGCUGCCAAUUCCAAAGGAGGAAAGUCGACUAUCCCAUCAAACACUACAAAGGAUACAACUGCAGCUCCAGAGCGGAAGAGAGAGCGCGGAAAUGUCACAAUAGCCACUAAGAUCCUUCAGCGUGAUCUUGGACUCGCCACAUCUGGUGGGCGACGACGCGGCAAAGGUGGUCCGACUGAUACUGCAUCAUCCAAGAACGAGAGCGCUCGAGACUCAGCUACUCCAUCGGCCGAUUUGCCCAAGAAAGAGAGCACCAGAACUCCCAAAAUCAUAUCUUCCACAGCCAAUUCUUCAAAGCCCAGGGACAGCGAGUCAUCCUCGCGACCCGAUGCGGCUGCUACACCGCCUACAACGCUACCAGCCAAGUCUACCAAAGGUGGCAAAGUAAAGCCCCCAUCAACUGCUAAACAAGCGUUCCUCAAGCACGCCAAUCCAUCUCAAGGUGUGACCGAGGCGCUCCUAGAGUCUGCAUUCACGCCAUUCGGGGCAGUGACGAAGGUCGAGAUUGACAAGAAGAAGGGAUUCGGGUACGUAGAUUUUGCUGAACCAGAAGCACUUCGCAAAGCCAUUGCUGCGAGUCCUGUGUCGGUGGCCCAGAGCCAAGUGGUGGUGUUGGAGCGCAAAGAGAAUCCCGGAAUUGAAAAGUCUCGGAAAGGUCGCGAGGGUUUCACCGCCAAUAAUAAGGCUAAAGUUCCUACCGAAGCUGCUGGAAGCACUUCUGGAGCUAGCAGUAACGCUGGAGGUAACACUAGCUCCUCCCGCGGAUCUCGCGGGGGGCGUGGAUCACGGAAUAAGGGACCCAAGGGGAGCGCUGGGGCCUCGGAGAAAACUGGAGGCACCGAGGCGAAGUGA